AUCACAUGUGAAUCCUCGCUGCUGACAGAGACAGAUAAACUAUACAUGUGGCAAACAGUGCAAACAACAAUAGCAGGAGAAGAAGCCAUUACUCACCGUGAUUGAUGAAUGAUACCAACUUAACUUACCACUUACCACUGUUGUUUGAUGAGCUCGUGAAAAACGGAGCGAGGAAAAAAUAAAAUAAUAAUAGGCACGAAUAGAAAUGCAAAUGGAACAGCGAGUGACAAGCUAACGGGCUAACAAGCUGCACUCGCGGUUUUUAAAGGAGAACGAUCAAAUUAGUUAGAUUAGUUUGAAAGAUAACACCAGAAAUAUGGUGGGAAUUAAGUUAUAUAUUAUCACUUUAGACAAAAGGGAUUGAAAGUAAAGUAGAGAUUCAAUAAAAAGCGAAGGUACACGGAGCUACAAACACAAACCUCUCAGCAGCACAACAGACUGAAGCAAUCGAACAAAAGGUCUGACUCACCCUCCGAUGCAGCUAUCGACAUCUGGUCAUCGGGAGGAGCGCCGAAGGAUACGGAUGGUACACACCUUUGAGAUGGCCCACCGCGCUCCUCCGGCAGCUCUACUGGCUGCGGAGUGCAGGAGGAGUGAGGGUUCCUAGGGGGUUGGUUCCCCCGAAGGAAGCGCACUCACUGUAAUCCUCAGGUCAACAGUACCACCGCUCGCAGCAACCCUCUGAGGAGGAUUGGAACGAGGCAGCGGCACUGGGACUCCGCCCCUUUGCAGGAACUGGAGUCUCGACCGCAACUCCGAGAUGGUCAUCUUCCCACAAUGGGUACAUGACUCAUCCACAAACGCUGCCUCAGCGUGCGCUAAGCCCAGGCACGCGUUGCAACACUCGUGACCAUCCCUCGGUGCCAGGGCGUGCACAGCGCGGAGGGCCUUAGAAACACCCAGCACUCAGAUAGGAGUGAGUGAAACUCAGUCUGUACUGCUCAGAAGCCACUGGAGAUGACUGCUACCAACCUCCAGCAAAAUGCAGGCCAAAGGCACAUCAGCGCCAAAGAGGAGAGAAAGCUGCGGAAACCCCUCAUUGAGAGAAAGAGAAGGGAAAGAAUAAAUCACUGUCUAGAUCAGCUGAGAGAGACAGUAGUUGGAGCUUUUAGGCUUGAUCAGUCUAAGUUAGAGAAGGCUGAUAUUCUUGAGAUGACGGUGAAACAUUUGCAGAAUAUCCAGAGCAAUAGAGUUUCUGACCCCAUUCUGGAUGCAGAGGCCCAACAGAGGUACAGUACUGGGUAUAUCCAGUGCAUGCAGGAAGUUCACAACCUUCUACUUUCCUGUGACUGGAUAGACAAAACCUUGGGGUCCCGUCUUCUCAACCACUUACUCAAAUCUCUACCUCGAUCAGCUAAGGACUGCCCUCAGCUACCCAAGAACUCCCAGACAAGUAUUUCUUCUAACUACAUUGGUUUCCAUGCUGAUGAGUUGGAGAGUCCAAAAACCUGCCCUCCUUCCCCUGUCUUGUAUGAGAGGGCCGCCCAGUCUCAGAAUCAGUCUUCUACUCCCAUGAGAAUGCUACAUGAUGUGGAGAGCCCACACCUCUUAGUUCUAAAGAUGUGGAGGCCCUGGUGAAAUAUCUGUGAUUUGGCAGUGUACAACUAUGGUGUCUCCAUAUGUAUGUUUAUGUAGUACAUAUAACUUACCUGGACAACUGUAUGUACCGCAUUGUAUGAAUUUCAAAUUAAUAAGUAUGCUGCCAAUCUGCACAAUGCAGAGCUGUAUACACCCAGUUUGUGCUGACUGUGGUAGACCCUCCUCUACUAUGUAUCUUAUAGAUAUGUUUCACUGCACAUGUGUGUGAGGUGGAUCUAGACCAGAAUAGUCCCCAUUUCAGACCCUCUCUACUUCCUCUCUGAAGUAAAAGUUACUGUAGCCUGCAUUGUAGAAGGCCCCUAAUAAUAAUUUUAUUUAUUUAAUUAACACUAAAUAUUUAAUGAAAGAAUUUUCAUUUUAAAUUAAACACAUUUAGCUACUAAUAUUGUCACAUUUGAUUCCUUAUCACUUUGUACAGUUUUUUUUUUUUUUUGUAUUUUUAUUAAUAAAGAAAUG